AUGGUUGUUCCUCAGAGUACCGGCCUUAGCGCCAUUUUACGGUCUCGAGCUCGCCUUUCUACUCUUUCAUGGCUCCCUGCUUCAGUCCGCUUUAUUUCCCUUGAUUCUCGCCCGACCUCAGACUCUCCUUCCUACCGAUCUUCACAAUCCACUCUUUCAAAAUCAAAUUUACUAUACAAUGUCCCAUCCGGCCUAUCUACCUCCUCUCAGCCCUUCUCAACUUCCCCGUCGUUGAGCGAUGUCGCCGACUGGGAUCACAAUCCAAACCUAGCCAUCUCAAACUUCUCGGAACUCCCAUCGAAGGAUUUCGGUGUCAACCAACAUAUGCUUAUAAACCAAGAAUUCAAGGAAGCUUUGCGACAGAUUCUUUGGCAAUUCCGGGCCCCAAUUCGAUACGCUUUCGCAUAUGGAUCGGGUGUAUUUACCCAGACGGGGGCUGCCAGUUCCGCUUCUACACACCCAUCGGCGCCCGCCGCCAUUAAAAACAUGCAACAAGGCUCGGGUAAGAUGAUUGAUUUCAUCUUCGGAGUUUCAUAUUCCCAACAUUGGCAUUCUUUGAACCUUGGUCAGCAUCGCGACCAUUACUCCGGACUGGGCUCUCUCGGAUCGUAUAUGGUUUCGCAGGUACAAGAUCGGUUCGGAGCAGGCGUAUAUUUCAAUACUCACGUCACGGUAAAUGGAACGUUGAUUAAAUACGGAGUGGUAAACUUGGACACCCUUUGCACUGAUCUUACACAAUGGAACACCCUAUAUCUUGCGGGCCGAUUGCAAAAGCCAGUCAAGAUCCUUCGGGAUCACCCCAAAGUCCGAUUGGCGAACCAGAUGAACCUGCUGUCUGCUCUGCCACCAUCGCUGGUAUCAGCUACAUGGGUGAUCUCCGCAUGGUUCUCUCCUGCGGAAGACCCCGGCAAGGUGCGAAACAUUGUCUCUGGACAGAUGGCCCACUUCCGCCGAUUGUAUGCGCCGCUCAUCGAAAAUCUUCCCAACGUCAAUUUCAGCGAUCCUCGCUGUAGCCAGAAUGAUUGGAUCGAUGAUCCGGAUGCGAUCUUGUCAAUGGCGCAGGACAUGGACCCGGUCAAGCGGGGAAACAUGGUUCGCCGACUACCGGAAUCGUUCCGCGACAAAGUCUACUUCCAGUACCAAUCACGCUACGCUAUCCCGCGGGCUGAUUUCGACAAGAUGAUGGCAGAGAAUAAUGACAGCCAGGAUAUUGUGCGACGCCCCCAGGGUGGCCCCUUCGAGCGCCGGAUUGCCAGUGAUGAGAGCCUCCAGCAAGAGGUUUCCGCAUCUAUCAUGAAAACCAUUCGUUGGCCAAGCACUGUUCAGACCAUCAAGGGACCAUUGACUGCUGGUCUGGGCAAAAGCUGGACCUACCUCAAGGAAAAGCGUGAGAAGCACAAAAAAUCACAGGCUCAGUUGAAACAAGCGACACAAUCGCCGCCACCUUCACCGACUGAGAGGACUGGCACGAAGAAAGAUUAA